UAAUGAGCUGUUGUUGAAAUCAUUUGCUGUGUGAAAUCAUGCCGCAAGGAAUUUUUUUUAUUUCUUUCUUCAUUUUAAUGAAUUUUGUUUGCAGCAGUUUUGCAAAUUAUGAGAAAUCUGAUACAUUUGUACAAUUCGAAAAUAUGAUGAUGCAGCACCAGUUACUAGCAGAGAUGAACGAAAUGAAAACCCUUUUAAGAGAAUUGAAUCACAGAUUCGAAGAAAAUGAAUCUCGAGUAGAAUCGCCAUUGACAGAAUCACCCAUAUUUGAUAUACGAUAUGAUGUUAUCCCAGAAAAAUGCGCAACCAACUACACCCCCAUUAACUGCCAUGAAGCCACGGCUUGCACCAAACGUAAUGGGAUUUACAAAAUUCAAAUCGAUUCCUAUAGCUAUGAUCCCUUUUUGGUGGAAUGCGAUGCCAAAACAGAAAAUGGUGGCUGGAUUGUCAUACAAAAACGUCAAGAUGGCUCGGAGGAUUUCUAUCGUGAUUGGAAGGACUAUAAAAAUGGUUUUGGUAGUCUGCCGGGAGAAUUUUGGAUUGGCUUGGAUAAAUUGUUUGCCCUCACCCACUACUUGGGAUCGCAGGAGCUAUUGAUUGUUAUGGAAGAUGAGGGUGUCAAUAGAUAUGCCCGCUAUAGCAAUUUUAUCAUUGGCAAUGAAAGUGAUUAUUAUUCGCUAAAAAGUUUGGGAAAAUAUACAGGAAAUGCUGGUGACUCAUUGUCACAUCAUUUGGGAAUGAAAUUCACCACCAAAGAUCGUGAUAACGAUGAGGAUGCAAACAAUUGUGCAGAGACGUUUAAGGGAGCUUGGUGGCAUAGAAAAUGCCAUGUCAGCAACCUUAAUGGCAAAUAUGGUGAUCAUGCCUUUGGCAGGGGUGUCAAUUGGCAUACUUUUAAAAACUAUACACGUUCCAUACAAUAUGUAAAGAUGAUGAUAAGACGCCGAAGGGAAUAAGUGAAACUGGAAAUGAAAUACGAGUAUGAAAUAUUUGGUUUUAUGUAUUCGAAUGGUAAUAAAAUUAUUUUAAAAUUCAA